AAUCAAAACCCAUUUUCUAAGAUGAGGUCUCCAAUGGCCUCUCUCAUUGCCACCCUUCUAGUGGUGUCAGUCUCUCUAUGUUUGCCAUCGGAAACCUCCGCAGAUCAGUACUCUUACCUCUCUCCUCCACCUCCCAAGAAAUCCCCACCACCACCGGUUUAUUCCCCACCUUACCAUUACAAAUCUCCACCUCCUCCAGUGCACUCUCCACCUCCACCACCACCCAAGGAACAUUAUAAAUAUAAGUCUCCACCACCACCACCUAAAGAGCAUUACAAAUACAAGUCUCCACCACCACCACCCAAGGAACAUUAUAAGUACAAGUCUCCUCCACCUCCACCACCAAAGGAACAUUACAAGUACAAGUCUCCACCACCACCACCCAAGGAACAUUACAAGUACAAAUCUCCUCCACCUCCACCACCAAAGGAACAUUACAAGUACAAGUCUCCUCCACCACCACCCAAGGAACAUUACAAGUAUAAGUCUCCACCACCACCACCCAAGGAACAUUAUAAAUACAAGUCUCCCCCACCUCCACCACCAAAGGAACAUUACAAGUACAAAUCUCCGCCACCACCGCCCAAAGAAAAGGAACAUUACAAGUACAAGUCUCCUCCACCACCGCCCAAGGAAAAGGAACAUUACAAGUACAAGUCUCCUCCACCACCACCUAAGGAACAUUACAAGUCUCCACCACCACCUGAGGAACAUUACAAGUCUCCACCACCACCAAAGGAACAUUACAAAUAUAAGUCUCCUCCACCACCACCACCACCCGUCCACAAGCCACCACCAAACCACUACAUCUAUGCAUCUCCCCCUCCUCCUUACCACCACUAGAGCGCAGUUCUUUUAAGGCAAGGAAGUGAUAAUAAAGACAGAGAUCGGUCAGAAGGGAAGCGAGUUUCAGUGUUUGCUGCAGGACAUGAUCUCUCUUUUUUAGAAGAAGGAAUAAAGGCGUGCAUGUUUUAAGACAAAUUAAAGUGUUUAAUCAGUUCAUGUAUUUGGAUAUUUUAUAGCCAUUGGUCCUUAAUUUUAUAAUCUUUAUGUACUUUUCGAUCUUAUCAAAUAAAGGGUUUGUUAUAUUUGCCAAAAUAAAA